CUGAGCGACUGAACUGAAUUGAACUGAUACAUAUAUUCCGUCCCCUUUGAACCUCCCUCUCCAUCCCACCUCUCCAGGUUGAUACAGAGCCCCUGUUUGAGUUUCCUGAGUCAUACAGCAAAUUUGGAGCCAUAGAAAAUUGUGAGGCAAAGAAACGUGACGUGUUAGGUUUGCAAAAUCACCAAAGUCUGUUCAAUGAAAGAACUAAUUGUAGGGAUGCUGAGGACACCGAAGCAGAUGGAGUUUAGGCUUUUUUUUCCAAGGACACACAAUUGCUGAGAGUGAAUAGAGGUUAGACACUCAUGGAACCUGGUUCAGAUGCCACCAGGUGUGCAGGGAAGGUCUCAGUCCCUGGAAAAUUGCCAGGAUCACAUCCCUCUAAGACUUAGCACUUCCCACAGGUUUCCAUGGCUGCGAAGGUGCUUUUCGAAUCUAAUCGGUGUGACCUUUGAGGAUGUGGCUGUGUACUUCUCCUGGGAGGAAUGGGCUCUCCUUGAUGAGGCUCAGAGAUGCCUGUACCACGAUGUGAUGCUGGAGAACUUUGCACUUACAUGCUCACUGGGCUGUUGGCAUGGAGUAGAAGAUAAGGAAGCACCUUCUGAACAAAGCAUUUGUAUAGGAGUGUCACAGAUCAGGACUCUCAAGGUAGAUUCAUCUCCCCACAAGGGCCAGCCCUUUAAGAUGUGUGGCCCAGUCUUGAGAGACAUUUUGCACUUUCCUGAGCACCAGGAAACACAUCUUGGGCAGAAACCAUACACAUGUGGAAAUCGAUUCUAUAUCUCUGCCAACCUUCAGCAAUACCAGGAGCAACACAUUGGAGAGAUACCCAUCAGAAGUUCUGUGGACACAGCCUUGAUUAUAAACAGCUGCACAACCCAUGUGUCAGGGAAACCCACUGUCGAUGGGGAGAUUGGGAACGACUUCUUAGUCAAUGUGGGAUUUUUCCAUCACACUGAGGAGAAGCCAAACAAUAGUAAUGAGUGUGAAGCUGUCUCUCACAGUGGAAAAAGGCAUGAGAACUGGGGAGAAGGCAACAAAGCCCUCAACUGCACAGAUACACUUGUUGAGGACCAACGAGUCCUCACUAGAGAAGGACUUUAUGAGUGCAGCAAAUGUGGAAAAGCCUGUACUCGAAGAUGUAACCUCAUUCAGCACCAGAAAGUCCACACUGGAGAACGGCCUUAUGAAUGCCAUGAAUGUGGAAAAUUGUUUACCUACCUCUCCAGUUUCAUUAUACACCAGAGGGUUCACAGUGGAGAAAGACCUUAUGAAUGCAGCGAAUGUGGGAAAUCUUUUAGCCAAAGCUAUAGCCUCAACAGCCAUAGGAAAGUUCACACAGGAGAAAAACCUUAUGAGUGCAGGGAAUGUGGGAAGUCUUUUAGUCAAAGAUCUAAUCUCAUUCAGCAUCAGAGAGUUCACACUGGAGAAAGGCCUUAUGAGUGCAGUGAAUGUGGGAAAUCUUUUAGCCAAAACUUUAGCCUCAUUUACCACCGGAGAGUUCACACUGGAGAAAGGCCUCAUCAGUGCAGUGAAUGUGGAAAAUCCUUUAGCCGAAGCUCUAGCCUCAUUCACCACAGAAGACUUCAUACUGGAGAGAGGCCUUAUGAGUGCAGUAAAUGCGGGAAAUCCUUUAAGCAAAGCUCCAGCUUUAGCUCACAUCGGAAAGUCCACACAGGAGAAAGGCCUUAUGAGUGUGGGGACUGCGGAAAAUCAUUUAGCCAUAGCUCCAACCUCAAGAAUCACUGGAGGGUUCACACUGGAGAAAGGCCUGUUGAGUGCAGUGAAUGUGGGAAAUCAUUUAGCUGUAAAUCUAACCUUGUUAAACACCUGAGAGUUCACACUGGAGAAAGGCCUUAUGAGUGUGGGGAAUGUGGAAAAUCAUUUAGCCAAAGUUCCAGCCUCAUUCAGCACCAGAGAGUUCACAUUGGAAAAAGGUCCUGAGUGCAGUGAAUGUUGGAAAAAACUUUUCAGCUACAAAUAUGACCUCAUUCAACCCCAGAGAUGUCACACCAGUGAAAGGCCUUAGAUAUGCUGGGAUGUGCAUUUUCCUUCUAGUAUAUUUGCACUGGAAAAGUUGUGACUGAGCCAUCUGAUGCAUCUGAAAAUCUACACUGGGGAGAUUCCCCUUAAGUUUCAGGUAUGUAGGAAUCUUUAAGAAACUGUGCUUUACUUUAUUAGGGGCUUCCCUUGUGGCUCAAUUACCUGCCAGGCCCUUUCCAGCUUUAUGCCACUGCCAGUUUCAUUCCUAUCACCUGGCAGCUUCACACAGUGUGGAAAUUACCUCCCAAUAUGCUCAGGGAAGCUGACUUCUGUCCCAUCCCUUUCUGUGGAGGGAAGUAAUGAGUAGUCUUAGCUCUUAUGGCAUCCUCAUUCCUUUCUCAUUUCUAAAGUAGGGCAUGGACCUCACUCAGUUUGGGCCCAGUGGACCCAGUUUCAGUUCUGUUGGUGACUUGCCAGCAAGGACUACAUUUUCAGGGACAUGUUAGUUUCUGGUGACACUUCUGGUUUCCCCAGCUUCCAAGUCACCAAGCUGAGAACUUCAUGCCUUGCAUUCCUUUGCAUUUGGCAAUAAUAAAGGCAUUAAUGUUUCAGCCCUCUUUGGUCUGGGGCUUCUAUUCAUUUUAUAUGAGGAGAUGGGAAGAAAAUGGGGCUCUAGCAGCAUUAAUGAUGGCACAGCUUUCAUGGGGGUCCUGUGCUUUGUGUGCCUCACCUCAGUAUGACUGAAGAAUGUAGCUCUCUUUGUGGGGUUGGCCUAAUGUAAAUACAUUGUUGCUCAAGGUCUCCUCAGAAAGACUGCAAGGCUUUGGGGUCCUGAUUUGUGGACUGUGUAUCAGGGUUUUUUUGUGGGCUCAGAAAACAUGAGGAGUCAUGAAGUUGUGACAACCUCCAGUGCUUCUGGAAACAUGAAUUGUUAUUCACAGUGAAUGAUCACAUAAUGCUCAGCAGUUAACCUAUAAAAGAACCACAUGUCCUGAUCCCCAGAAUUCACUAGAUAGUUCCACUGUAAGACUACAGGGCUGGAGGGAACCAUGUUCGUCAAGUAACCCUGGAGCGGAGGAGAUUGCAGUGAAGUAGGUGGAUAUGUCCUAACAUUGCAUCAGCAGAGGCUCCAGUGACUGUGCCUGUGCAGUAUCAGUGUGCACAGAUGCUUGAACAUCUAGAAUGUUCAGCCAAAGGCCAUUGCCACAGAGGCAGAUAACCAAACAGAGAAAGAUCCCUUCAUCCACAGUGUGGUUCUGUGAUCAGCCAGCAUUCCUGUUAACUCAGGUGGGAAGAAAUCUAUUCUCAUCAGUAUUUGCUGCCACUAAGAAAAGGGUGCUUCUCCAAGGUCAUCAGAAGAGAGGCAAUAUAGGAUUGUGAGACAUGAGGAGUUUUCAUUUUGGUUUUGCUUGUUCUUUGAGGCUUCCAGGAUCAUAGUUCCCUCACCAGUGACUGAACCCUGGGCCAUGGCAGUGAAAGUGCCAAUUCCUAGCCACUGGACCACUAGGGAUUUCUCAAUAUCUGAUUUCCUAAAAAGUGUGACAGACCUAGAUUUUUUGAGUCAUUUUGUAAAUUUUUAUUCAGGUGUAGUUGACAUAUGAUAUAGUGUAUCUAUUUGAAGUGCAGAAUCUAAAUAUUUUGAGAUUCUUAAGUGAUAAUAUAUAAGUAGUUCAUUCUUUAUUGCUGAGUAGUAUCGUUUCUAUAGUUAUGUUGUUUGUUCAUCCAUUCAUCUGGUUAUGGUCAUUUGGGUUAUUUCUACUGUGGGUUAUUGUAAAUAAAGGUGCUAGAACGUU